AGGCAUUAAGCUCAAAUUUGGCAGUCUAGACGACAUGCAGAGGAAGCUACGUGGCAAAAGGCAACGGUUUACCGAUCCGGCAUCCAUUCAUCGACACCCGGAAAUAGCCCCGAUGCGCGACGGCGAUAGAUCCGUUGCUCUCUGCACGGCUCGGACCCAAUGACAUAUUGCAGAUUUCGGACGAUCAUGCAGGCCAUUUAAACAAUGAAAUCGCUGGCAAGUCUCGGCUGCAUUGGACUCCAGUACUCGAUUCACACACAAUCUGAAGGAAUUCAUCAUGUCUCUCGAAGGAAAAGUUGCGAUUGUCACUGGCGGAGCCCGCGGAAUCGGCGCCGGCAUUGUCCGCAGUUUGAGUGAGCAGGGUGCAAAGGUGGCAUUCAACUACGUCUCCCCAUCUUCGCGCGAAGCCGCAAAUGCGCUUAUCGAAGCGCUCCGACAAGACGGCCAUGAAGCCGUUGCAGUUCAAGCCGACAUCACCGACCCAAAGGCCCCGAAGAUGAUCAUACAAGCAGCUCUUGAUGCCUUCGAGACAGGCCGAGUUGAUAUUCUUGUGAACAACGCUGGUGCGGGUGACAACCGGCCGCUGGAAGAAGUGACCAUGGAAAGCUACAUGCACCUGAUGGACGUCAACGUGCGAGCGGUGGUCUUCAUGACACAGGCUAUUCUUCCAUACAUACCCCGCGGCGGUCGGAUUAUCAAUUUGUCGUCUAUAUCCUCUAGGGGCGGUUAUGCCACCCAGUCCGUGUAUGCUGCCAGUAAAGCAGCGGUGGAGGGUCUCACACGGGUCUGGGCAACAGAACUUGGCCAUAAAUACGGAGUAACCGUGAACGCGGUCAAUCCCGGCCCUGUUGAUACAGAUAUGUAUCAGGCAGCUGGUGAAGUGCAUCUGAAGCGGAUGGAGGAGCAGAACAAGAAGGUCCCAGCUGGGCAGCGAUGUGGAACCGUGCAAGAUAUCGGGGACAUUGUGUCGUUCUUGGCUGAAGAGAGGUCCCGAUGGGUGACGGGAGAUGUGAUAUGCGCUAAUGGUGGGAUGUUGUAUAUUUAA